AGUGGUUCCAACUUCGGUUCAGUUCAGUAUACCGCCGCCCCCGAAGCCGGUAUGACGCACCGGCGCCGCGCCUUUAUUUACAUUUUUGAUUAACUAAACUAACUGAACCGUCACGUGUUAUGUUCACGCUCGUAACUAGACCUCAUUCACCUGAACCAUAUGAAAUAAGUCAUAUUCUGACUGUGAAUCUUUAGAAAAUGGUAGACGAUCAUGAAACGAGUAAAGAGAAUAGUAACCCAGUAGUAAAGAACAUGGACGCAAUCGAAGCUGCAGCUGAUUUGGAUGAGAAGAAAGAUCUUGACAAAAUAAACUCAAUUAAAUCAAACGGGCAUGACUUAGCGGCUCAAUACACUAAAGCUGGUGACGAGUCACCAGUAGAUCGGGUGAAAUUCUUUGGGAUAGAAGAUGACAGCAUCUGUUCCGAUGAGUCUAGUGAAGAAGAAAAGCUCCCACCAAUUCCAGAUGGUGGAUGGGGCUGGGUAGUUGUAAUCUCUGCGUUUCUAGUCGCUGCCUGUGCCGAUGGCUUGGCAUUUUCUUUUGGUUUACUUCACGAAGAAUUUACUUCCUUCUUCGAAACCACGCAAUCAAAAACAUCUUUGAUUGGAAGCUUGUUUAUAGCUACUCCGUUGUUAGCUGGACCAAUUAUGAGCGCUUUAGUGGACCGAUAUGGCUGCAGAAUAAUGACUAUGCUGGCUGGAGUCCUUUCAACGGUUGGAUUCCUUCUGGCUUCAGUGAGCAAUUCUGUUGAAGUACUCUGUCUAACUUUCGGUUUUCUGAGUGGCUUAGCUAUGGGCAUUUUAUACGUAACUUCUGUCGUCUCAGUAGCGUUCUGGUUCGACAAGAGAAGAAACUUGGCGGUAUCUUUAGCUUCGUGCGGGAUAGGAUUCGGCACAUUGUUAUACUCACCGAUGACGAAUUAUUUUUUAUAUUUAUAUGAUUGGAGAAAUACUAUAGUGUUGUUAGCUGGCACUUUGUUAAACAUGUGUGUUUGCGGAGCUCUGAUGAGAAACCCUGAAUGGUUGGAGAUUAAAAUGAAGCGUGAGAGGAAGGAGAGGAAAUUAUCAAGGUCAAAAUCAGGAAGAUCGUCCAGUAAUAGCUCUGUGGGCUCUAUCGGAGGAGAGUCGGUAUUCUUAACUGCUGAAGAGAUUAGAGACUUGAUGAAGAGUGGAAAGAGCCCGGAAUACAUUCUGUCGACAUUGGCUACCACUAUAGCAGAGGCUGAACAAUUAGAAGCGACUACUCAAAUGAACGCGGAUCAGGCAUUCCAAAGAAGGAUGCAUUCAGCGAUUCAUCUACCUACAUUCGUACAACAGAACGAAAAGGUGCCAGCUGAAGUAAUUGAAAAACUGAUGACCAAUAAGCGUUUGUACAACAUAAUACUCCAAAACUAUCCAGAUGUAUUGACAAGAAGAAAAUCAGAAGUCAAUAUUGCUAUAGAAGCUCCGACAGAUGUUAAAAACGAACCAGCUCAACUGCCAGUAACUAUCAAAGUCAAGAAACCUAAGCAUGAAUCGGAAACUAAGAAAUCUGAAGAGAAAAUAAAUGAAGAAAAUAAGGCUGAAGAAAAAGUGGGAACAAGUAGCGCUCUAACAGCGAGUAAUCUUAAAUUAUUACAAGAUAAGUCUAAGCCCAAACCUCAUACUCACCAUACGCAUGCAUCACACAAUAUGCCGCAAACUAACUGGUUUUCGAGACAAAUAUCCACGGAUCAUCAUUAUCUAAGAGAAAUGCAUCUGACCAGAAAUACCUUGAUGCAUAGAGGUGCCAUGCUCAAUAUACCGAGAUAUAAGCUUCGGGCAUCUUCUCUUCCUGAUAUUUAUCGCAAUUCGAUGUGGUCUCUUGCAUCUGAAUCGGAUGAUGAAAUGAUGUGGUAUGAUCGUUUCUUCGAGACCAUGAAGUCCAUGUUCGACUUCCGCAUGUUCACCGAGUUCCACUUCCUGAUGUUCAACCUGGCCUCCCUCAUCCUCUCCGUGUGGUUCAUCGUGCCGUACUUCUUCCUGAAGUCCUAUAUGACGGAUAGCGGCGUUGAGGGCGGUGCUCUGAUGAUUAGUAUCAUUGGGGUCGCUAGCAGCAUCGGGAUUGUUGUCCUCGGCUGGGCAGGCGACCAGCCCUGGAUCAACGUGACCAAGACCUACGCAAUCUGCCUCAUUAUCUGCGGUCUCUCCGUCGCCGCCUACCCUCCCUUCAUCAAGAACUUCUGGGCCCUGACCGUUAUCUCGGCAAUCUUCGGGCUGUCGUUCGCCAGCUCCUACUCGUACACGCCCGCCAUACUGAUGGAGCUGAUGCCGAUCGAUCAUUUCACUGUGGCUUAUGGGUUGAUUCUGUUGAGUCAGGGAAUCGGACAUCUUGUGGGGCCGCCUAUUGGAGGAAUGCUCUACGACGUGACGGGAACCUGGGACUUGACGUUCUACAUCGGUGGCCUCUGGCUGGUCAUCUCCGGUGUGUGCGUAGGCGUCAUCGCGUACACGAAAGACUUGCGUAUGUGUGGCAGCGCCCCGCUGCUGAAGGAAGCUGAGGAGAAGAGCGAGUGCGGUGUUGAUGUGUGAUCGAGAUAGACAUUCGCUAAGUCUUGUAAAAAAGUUUAGUUUAGUAUGGUUUAGUCAAAGAUAGAUAUAACUCCGUAAUAGAUGGAUACAGUCUAAGGAAAAAACGUGCCUCGAAAAUCAAGAAAAUUUGAGUCUCGUUCAGAGGGCGCUACUAGUUUUGGCCUACAGUCGUAUAGAUGGCGUUGACGGUUUCGUUUGUUAUUUAACAAUUUUAACGCAUAUCAGUGAAAGAACAUGGGUCAAAAUCAUAAAAAUAGUUAAUGCAAAUAAAAAAAAUCAAUUAUCUAUAUUUAAAUACAUUCUAUCGUAUUUUUAUAAAUCUUCAUUUUUAGUUUUAAAGUGUGUCGACAGAUGGCAGUGAAUUUACUGGGGUUACAAAAUUUACUAUGACAGUACCGCUCUAGUAUAAGUUACUCUAUGGUUUAGUUUAGUAGCUAUUACAAAUUUUACCAAAUGAAAUUACACAACUCCGGUUAUUAUGUAAAAUAAAUCUCAUAUUUAAUUAAGCAUAACAAUUUAUUGAAAUAUUUUUAUUUGUAUUCGAUUUUAGAUGUUUUUACAAAAUGUAUAUUGUAGGUAUAACAUUAUGUAUCACGUACAAAGUAAUAGAUAAUUAAUUAUUUGUAUUGAUCUGUUUAACUGUGUAUUAUAUAG